GUAGUGCCCAAAGCAGUUUCAAGAGGCUCCAUCCCUCCCCAUCUCUGUCCCUGCAGUUUAGGUAAAUAGCCUUGAGGGAAAAGAACUACAAGUUCCAGCAUGCACUGCGGAACGAAAGGCCUUCUCUGAAGAGUCCCUUGGAAACUAGUCUUAUAGCAAGGCGCUUUCGACACCGGAAGCGGGCAUGAUUAUCUCAGCAACCCAAUUAGUAGAUCGGAGAUCUCCUCGCGGAUAUGCAGGUUAACAGCUUUGGAUUGCAGUGUUCUCCUUUCAUGUCUUGCGCGCAGAGAAUAGGCUAAAAGAAGCGACAAGUCCCAGGAAGACUACAAUUCCCAUCCGGCCCUUACUAGUCUGGUAACUAGUCCUUCAAGCUGCACAGCAUGGAACCACAGGUUACUCUAAAUGUGACUUUUAAAAAUGAAACUCAAAGCUUUCUGGUUUCGGAUCCAGAAAAUACAACUUGGGCCGAUGUUGAAGCUAUGGUCAAAGUUUCAUUUGAUCUGAAUACUAUUCAGAUAAAAUACCUGGAUGAGGAAAAUGAAGAGGUUUCCAUCAACAGUCAAGGAGAAUAUGAAGAAGCACUUAAGAUGGCUGUUAAGCAGGGAAACCAACUACAGAUGCAAGUUCAUGAAGGGUACCAUGUUCUGGAUGAAGCAUUCCCCCUUGAAAAACAAGCAGCUGUCAGGACAGGGAAAAAGCCACUUGCACAUUAUUCUUCACUGGUGAGAGUCUUGGGAUCAGAUAUGAAGACCCCAGAGGAGCCAGCAGCACAGCCAUGUCCACUCGCUCCCUAUGACACAGACAAGCCCCAGGACAAGCCCCCAGACUGGUUCACAAGUUACCUGGAGACAUUCAGAGAGCAAGUGGUUAAAGAAACGGUUGAGAAGCUGGAACAGAGGCUACACGAGAAGCUUGUCCUCCAAAAGCCAUCCUUGAGUUCCUCCCCCUCAGAAGACUCAAUGCCUCUUUCGGAGACAGCACUUUUUUUGCCAGAGAACCAGUUUAGCUGGCAUAUUGCUUGCAGCAGCUGCCAAAAAAGGAUCAUUGGUGUGCGCUACCAGUGUAGCCUGUGUCCGUCCUACAACAUCUGUGAAGAUUGUGAAUCUGGACCAUAUGCCCAUGACACUAACCACAUCCUGCUAAAGUUGAGGAGACCUGUUGUGAGUUCCUCUGAACCAUUUUCUCACUCAAAGUACUCCGCUCCUCGUCUGCCUGCUGCUCUGGAGCAAGUCAGGCUCCAGAAACAGGUGGAUAAGAACUUUGUGAAAGCAGAAAAACAAAGGUUGCGUGCUGAGAAGAAACAGCGGAAAGCAGAGGUCAAGGAACUUAAAAAGCAGCUUAAACUCCACAGGAAGAUUCAUUUGUGGAAUUCAAUCCAUGGAUUCCAGAGCCCCAAGUCUCCUUUGGGCCGACCCGAGAGCUUACUGCAAUCUAAUGCCCUGAUGCUUCCUUUGCAGCCCUGUGCCCCAGUUAUGCCAACACUCAGUGCAGCAUUUGUGGAUGAGAAUUUGCCAGAUGGGACUCACCUUCAGCCAGGAACCAAGUUUAUCAAACACUGGAGGAUGAAAAACACAGGAAAUGUAAAGUGGAGUACAGACACAAAGCUCAAGUUCAUGUGGGGAAACUUGACUUUGGCUUCUACCGAAAAAAAAGAUGUUUUGGUUCCCUGCUUGAAGGCUGGCCAUGUGGGGGUUGUGUCUGUGGAGUUCAUAGCCCCAACCUUAGAAGGAACAUACACUUCACAUUGGCGUCUUUCUCACAAAGGCCAGCAGUUUGGGCCUCGGGUCUGGUGUAGUAUCAUAGUGGAUCCCUUCCCCUCCUCAGAAAGCCCUGAUAACAUUGAAAUGGGCCUGGUCAGCUCAAGCAAAGCUGGUGAUUUCACCUGUGAACAAGAGGAAGCCUUUCUUCUAGCUAAAAAAGAAAUUCCAAUGGGUGAAGUGACUAAGCAAACAGAAGGGACAGGAGCCAACAUCGCACAGAAGACAAAAAAUGCUGCCAGCGAGAGGGAACUCUACAUCCCGUCUGUGGACCUCUUGACUGCCCAGGACCUGCUGUCCUUUGAGCUGCUGGACAUAAACAUUGUCCAAGAAUUGGAGAGAGUGCCUCACAACACCCCUGUGGAUAUGACUCCCUGCAUGUCUCCUCUGCCACAUGACAGUCCUUUAAUAGAGAAGCCAGGCUUGGGGCAGAUACAGGAAGAGAGUGAAGGGGCGGGAUUUAAAGCACUUCCUGAUUCCACCGUAUCAGCAAAGAGUAAAGCUGAGAAUACAGCUUCAGUGGAGGAAACAGAAGAAGACCUGAGUGGGACCCAGUUUGUGUGUGAGACUGUAAUACGAUCCCUUACCUUGGAUGCUGCUCCAGACCAUAACCCACCUUGCAGGCAGAGGUCCCUGCAGAGGGAAUUACAUCUGUACUCUACAGAGGAACAGCAACCAGUGCUGCCUGGAUUCUGCAGAAAGGAGUCUUCCUUGAAAUUUGCCUUGCCUGAAGAAGGACCACUUGGAGAUGAGAAGGAAGAGAUUGUCCACAUUGCUGAGGAAGACGUAAUUGAGGAAGAAGAGGAGGAACUCCAAGAUGAAGUUCAUAGUCAGUCCUCUGCUUCCUCCGAAGACUAUAUCAUCAUCCUGCCUGAGUGCUUUGAUACCAGCCGUCCCCUGGGGGACUCCAUGUAUAGCUCUGCACUCUCACAGCCAGGCCUGGAGGGAGAGGCUGAAGGAGAGCCUGGGAUUGCGGCUGGGCAGGAACCAACUGAGGCUGGAGAGAGCCUCUCUGGAGGGGAGAGCCAGCCACAGGAGCAGAUUAUCAAUGACAUCCUCACAACCUCACAGACUCUGGAAACAGUGCCCUUGGUCCCUGAGGUGGUGGGGCUCCCGCCAUCACUGUCCAGGAGCCCUCCUUGUGUACAGCUUGCUUCCCCUGCAGUGGAUUUACCAGUUACCAUACCAGAAGUUUCUUCAGUCCCUGAUCAGAUCAGAGGAGAGCCCAGAGGCUCAUCAGGACUUGUAAACAGCAGACAGAAGAGCUAUGACCACUCAAGGCACCACAAUGGAAGCAGCAUUGCUGGAGGACUGGUGAAGGGGGCUUUAUCUGUUGCUGCCUCUGCAUACAAGGCCCUAUUUUCUGGGCCACCAAUCACUGCACAGCCAAUUGUUGCUGAAGAUCAGACAGCAGCCCUGAUGGCCCAUCUCUUUGAAAUGGGAUUCUGUGACAGACAGCUGAACCUGAGGCUGCUGAAGAAACACAAUUACAAUAUCCUGCAGGUUGUGACAGAACUCCUUCAAAUCAGCAACAAUGACUGGUACAGCCACCGCUAUUGAGAAGUGAUCUCAUAUUAAAUAACUGCCUGCUGCUCAGAGAUGAUCUUUAUCCUGUCAUUGAGGUGUGGGGUAGAAACCCUUGCUUGUUUGCUUUUAAUCUGAUGAAUCUAUAUAGAGUAUCAUUGAAUUGUCAAAACAAUACCUGUUACAGUAUUUUUUGAAGCAAAUCAAAGACCAGAACUUCAAAUUUUUCACUUCAGAAAUCGGUUGAGUAGUAGGAAGACAGUUUUUCACCUGAUUUGGACAAAAUUCCUUUCUUCACUUUAGAACAUUGAAGACUAACUUGAACUUUCUGUAGAACCCUUUUUCUUUCUCUUGUAUUCAAGCCAACUAUUUUUCCUUAGGUUCAUAUGGAUAUUUUUAAUGGGAUACCUGUUAAAUGUUAGGUUUUUUGUUUGUUUUUUAAGAAAUUAACCUUGAAAGUUUUCAAGAAUUAAUUCUCCUAAUUUCUAUAGCCAACCCAAGCUUGGUAGCUGUGUGACAUUGAAAAGUCAGGAGCACAGGAGAGAAGCUGCUAUUCUUUCUCAAGGACAAGGUCACUUCCCUCCAAGACUUGGUAAAGAGAGCACUUCACCUUCAGAAGACCCCAGUGGUCAGCUGAAAUCCACCUCACAGGAAUCUCAAACAAAAGAAAAUGUGUGCAAGUUCACCCCCAGCACCUACUGAGCAGUGUCUAUUGAAGUAACUUUGCAUAAAGUUUUAUUUAAGGAAAAAUCCUAGGUAGUUGGAAAUAUUUUGGUAAUCCUAUAAAGAAGGAAAAAAAACACCUAUUCCAUUAAAGGGAAAGGUAAAUUUAACAGUUGCCUUUUUUCUAAAUGUCACAGCAGAUCUUAUUUACAGUAGAAUGGGGCGAGUAGAAAUGUGGAAACAUUCAUCUCGGUUAAGUUCAGGUGUGAGGGCCUGGUGCACAGGAAAUGCUGCUGACUUCCUUCAGAGGUACCUAGUCCUAGAGCGCUGGAACAGAGUGGCUGCUUGUUCUGCAGGUCUUGGAUGGGAACGUACUCGUUAAAGUUUCAGUUUAACCCUAGGGUAAGUGGGAAUAAGCUUGCUUCCAGGGUCCUAGGUCUCAUUCUGUUCAUAGGGGGUAGUCUUGGAGACAAAUGCUGAAGGAAGAAGUAACAAAAAACACUAAAGAUUUUAAAAUAUUCAUGAAAAGAGUUUCAUAAAGGAAGAUACUGAAUCCCAGCCCAAAGAGGGACGAUAGUUAAAAUAGUAUUAUUCAACUUGGUUAUUUAUAAUAAAUACCGAUUGUAAUUAGUCAUAAUCUGUUUAUUUACAGUCUUAACUCUUUGAAUGCUACUAAAUAAACCACAAUUCAAACUGCAA